CGCUGCUACUGUUUUCACUGUUCUCUCUCAAAUCCACCGAGCGGCAGUUGCCCGCCUCUAUCAUGUCCCCGAGUAGUCGCGAAAAACACACGUGUUUGACCACUCACGCACUCCGCUUCCAGUUUCGGAUCGAGUUGCCCGUCCCCGCGUCUUCGCCCAUCACGAAAUUUCAAAGUGCGCGAAUUUCGCUCUCCCAAAUUUCGUCCCUUCUCUCGAUUGUGUUGUGAAUUAGUUCCGUGGCCCAUUCUUGCAUUUAUUUACGACUUGGGAUUUUCUUCAAGAUCCAAUUGCAGGAAACGCUUUGAGUGUUCGUUUCGAAUUCGGAAGGAUCGUGUGUGCCGACCGUUCGACUGUUUCAUACAAGUGUGCGUGGAUUUGUUUGUUUUUUUUUUUGGUUUUUUUUUGGAGCGUGUGACGAAUUUUCCAAAAAUAAAGGCGCCUCUCUGAUCAACUUGUUUAAUCUAGGUGUUUUGACGGUUGGACCGCGCUGCGGGAUAUAAAUAGUGGAGCCGUCGUAUAAGGCAAAGUUGCAUAUUUAGUUGCGUCUCACCUUCGGAUAUUCUCGCACGGGCUUUUUAGAAUUUCUACCCAGCGUCGACGGAUCCGAGAGCCGGCCGUCGUCUGGUCCAAUUUCGUCGAGUGCGUCUCGCUUCUGGAUUCGCUGGUACGUCGAUGCCCAAAUCUGACAGUCCGGUCUGGAAAAUGAUCACCUAAGUGAAUUUUGUUGUGUUGCGUUUUUUAGCUAGAUUUCCCUCCAAUAAGGUUUCCCCCUCUUGAAUUUGUCGGCAUUCGGCUGGUGCGCUAAUUUAAGCCUGGAUUGUGUCUUUUGAGCGUAGUGGCGCCGAUCAGGAGUCUGAAUCGUUUUGAAAAUGGAUUCGAUGCGGAUAAUAUUAGAGGGAGUGAGUGAAAGGCAGGCUUAGGAGUGUGACUCGAGCUGGAAUCGAAGAAGAUCGAUCGGCGGCUGGACUAGCGGGUGUUUACACUCUGGAAGCGUGCAUCGCGGUUUACGGUUUUGCUGGCAACUAAAAAUAAAUCGCUCACCCUUAUCGGAGCGCCGAGUGCAAGAGUCGCGGCUCGCCCCUUAGGAAAACAAGAGGGCCGGCCAAGGGGAGCUUGUUAAUUGAUCGCAGAAUUCGGGAUGCUAGUCCGUGUCGAAAUGUCCUAGCGAGAUGAAAGAGUUGAGGAGCUAGCCGUGAGAAUAAACACUGGAUAAGAAAUGUAAAUUUGAGUGUGAAAAUGUCGGGAGCGUAGUUCGGAGACUAUUUUUAGUAGUUCAUAGACCUCGGCGACGGGUCCUGGCGGGAGAAGCAGACGCUGAGCGCUACCAACUGUCGCUGCGGAACGGACCCCGCUCGAAAUGGCGCCCAGACGAGGGCCGUCGCGACGCCCCGAGAAGAUGCACCCCGCCGCGAGGAUCGGUGGACACACAGGACUCAUCUCCAACGACUUCCCGAAGGAAAAGCUCUGGUGAAAGCCGACCCAGUUUGAGAAGAGAACCGCGUCACGCAGAACUCUGUGUCAGGAUAUGACGUCAUUCGAGGAGCCGACGGAAAGACUUGUUGACAGAGACAGCGACACAUCGGAGACCGAAGCACGCCGAGGAUCCAAUGGGCACAAGCGACCCAGACUGACGCUCGCUCUCCUUCUCGUCUUCCUCCUCGCCUGGGUCUCCUGGGUCUCAGCCACGCCGCUCCACUACAAGUCCGCCGACAACGUGAGAACUUUAACCAAUUACGGCCCGAGCCGCCCUCGCGCCAUGUUGGACAAAUCCCUAGUCAGCUACAGCAACAGAAGCGCCCCCGCGUCCACGUCGACGGAGGGCGCGCUGCGGCGGAGCUCCCGGACCUCGGGGCGACGCACGUACCAGGGCGCCUGGUCGCCGAGCAACUACCUCAAGGCGCCGCGGCUCUCGGGGGAGGCGAUGCCGGUCUGCUCCCACGUGGGCGACUACACGAACGAGAUCUCGGCCAAGGCCUACCUGGCCGGCACCGUCUUCGAGGGCAAGGCCCGCUCCAAGAGCAAAGUGAGCAGCGAGGGGAGCUACGCGGUGACGUUCGUCGUGCAGCGGGUGCACAAGGACCAGACCUCCCGGCUCAACCCGACGCCGCUGCGGCUCCGGAGCCAGGUGAGGCUCACCCUCAGCGAGAAGCCGAGGGUCGGGAAGUUGGCCGAGUGCGACCAGAGCUACGACAUCGCCCCGGCCCGGCCCGGCGAGCUCGUGAGGGCCCACAUCAAGCAGGGGCGCAGGUACAUCGUCUUCGUCAACGGCGUCGGCCCCCACAACUACACCGUCCUCGGCGAGCCCGUUCUCCAGAGGAAGAAGACCGUCCAGGCCGUCAAGGAUGUCCUCUGUCCCAAAUGUGGUGAGUUCUCCCUCUAA